AGAGGAGGAGAAGCACAGGGACACAGCACUGACUGAGGCUGUGCUUACAUCAGGAGCACGCGCUCAUCGGACUGGAGUAGUACAACUGUUGGAGCACAUCGCUGCUGAGGAAAGAGAGAUGAGAGACUGUGCUGCCUCUUGACUGCUCUUAGACCGGAGCACCUGCAGCGGACAGAGCAUCAAGGAGACUGGGCGGACAAGCAGAGCGCUGCUGAGAUUAUGCGCGGGGCAGAGAGCUCCUGUGGAGUCCCCAUUUUUUGCAGUAGCAGCAGCAGGAGGAUCAGAAGCCGUAGCAGAGGAGCUAGCUGUAACUGCAGCAAAACAAGGAGCCUGAACUCUGGCGGUGCCUGUUCCUCCCGGCAUGAGCGUGUUGUCAGUGUGGGAGCAGUGACACUGCACAGAGGCUGUGGAUGUAGUGGCUUUGUUGAAUGUACCUGUAGCUGGAGAGGAGCCUGGAGCCGGAGUGAGGGCGCCCACAUUGUCCUCAGGUGAAUGACCAGUGUGGCUGAUGAAGGCCACCUGGAUCCGCCUGCUGAAACGAGCCAAGGGAGGUCGUGUCAAGAACUCCGAUGCCUGUGGUUCGGCCGACUCGUACACCAGCCGCCCAUCCGACUCAGAUGUGUCCCUGGAAGAGGAUAAGGAGGCAGUGCGCAGAGAGGCAGAGCGCCAGGCCCAGGCCCAGCUCGACAAGGCCAAGACAAAACCAGUUGCAUUUGCCGUUCGCACAAAUGUCAGCUACAGUGCCAGUCUUGAUGAUGAUGUCCCUGUACCAGGCAUGGCUGUUUCCUUUGAUGCUAAAGACUUCCUGCAUGUCAAAGAGAAAUUCAACAAUGACUGGUGGAUUGGACGUCUGGUGAAAGAAGGCUGUGAAAUUGGUUUCAUCCCCAGUCCAGUGAAGCUUGAAAACACCCGUAUCCUCCAGGAGCAGCGAGCGAAGCAGGGCAAGUUCAGUAAAUUGGGAGCAAAUUCCUCCUCUAGCUUAGGUGAAGUGGUUCCUAACUCAAGGAAAUCUACUCCUCCGUCCUCUGCUAAGCAGAAGCAAAAGUCGACGGAACACAUUCCUCCGUACGAUGUUGUGCCUUCCAUGCGGCCCGUAGUUCUGGUUGGACCGUCACUGAAGGGCUAUGAGGUGACAGACAUGAUGCAAAAGGCUCUCUUUGACUUUUUAAAACACAGAUUUGAGGGAAGAAUAUCAAUAACUCGUGUCACUGCAGACAUUUCUCUUGCCAAACGCUCGGUCCUCAACAACCCCAGCAAGCACGCCAUCAUCGAACGCUCCAACACGCGCUCCAACUUGGCUGAAGUCCAGAGUGAGAUUGAGCGUAUUUUCGAACUGGCGCGGACAUUACAGUUAGUAGUUCUUGACGCUGAUACCAUCAACCAUCCGUCACAACUGGGGAAGACCUCACUUGCACCCAUUAUAGUCUAUGUAAAGAUCACCUCUCCCAAGGUGCUGCAGCGUCUCAUCAAAUCCAGAGGCAAGUCCCAGGCCAAACACCUAAACGUGCAGAUGGUGGCGGCCGACAAGCUGGCGCAGUGCCCUCCUGAAAUGUUUGACAUCAUUCUGGAUGAAAACCAGCUGGAGGAUGCUUGUGAGCACAUGGCUGAUUACCUGGAGGCCUACUGGAAAAGCACUCACCCCAGCAGCUGUAGCCCGCCUGACCCACUCCUGACAGAGCUGCCCACGGACGCCCUGCCCUCGAGCACAGCCCCUCUCCCCGCACUGCAGGGGGGCAUCUCUGAGCAGAGGAGUGACAAAGCUCUGGUGGAGAGAAAGAGCUCCAAAGAAGACCACCACCAGCACCAUCAUCAUCACCAUCACCACCACCAUCAGAGCCAGGACCCGCCCACCAACGAGGCUGAAGAGGAACUGGAGGAGGAGGCAGAGGAGGAGUGCACUGAGCCUUCAUCACGCAGACCUCAGCAUGUUCACCACAGGUCAUCUUCCACCAGGACUGAGCACCACAAUCAUCACCAUCACCACCACCAUCACAGCAGCCGCGUCAGGGGCCUGUCCCGACAGGAGACACUGGACUCAGAGACACCAGAGAGCAGGGAGAGCAGGGAGAGCAAAGAAUCGGCUUACAUGGAGCAGCGGACACAGCUUCUCCACCAGGAAGAGGAGGAGGAGGAGGAGGAGGAAGAGGAGGAAGAGGAUUUAGGGGAGGGGCACCCCCAGCAGCAACAGCGCUAUGAGCCAGUGCCCCACCGGGACCACAAUCACCACCAUCACCACCACCAUCACAGAGGAGGGGACGAGGCAGGGCACGUUACAGGACAUGGUACAGCACAUAGUACAGGACAUGGCACUGGACACCACAGGUCCAAAGAGCGUGAGCAGGACCAUAACGAACGCAACAAACAGCGCUCACACCAUCACCACCGGCCUGCCCGGGACCACCACCACCACUACUACGACCGGGACAGAGACAGGGACCGAGAGGGGGAGGUGGCUCCCAAAAAGAGGGGUGACACAGGGGAAUGGGCCAGAGACACAUACAUCCAUCCAAACAGACAAAAACCCUGAAUCACAAAUACACUAAGGAUGGGCUCCUUAGAGAGACCAUCUUGUUGUCCAAUUGUGCUGCUACACCCCAAACCACAGCAUCCUAUUUAUGUACACCUUUGUAAAUGCUGUUUUUCAUCAACAGGAGUUUUGGUAACAUAGAUACAAAUAUAAAUAUAUGUAUGUGUAUCUAUGCAUAGACAAUGUUUAUGUGUGGAUAUGCAUGAUUUUCUCAAAUAUGCAUCUUAAACAUGUGUUGGACAUGGCAUGACACAAAGGCAGAUAUUUUUCUGAAGCUGUGCUUUUUGUGAUUACCUAAAGUUUGUUUUGCUUGCUAUCACUUGAAUCAUGUGUUCCUUCAGACUACUACUGGGGCUAGUUUGACUUACUAUAUCUUAGUUAUUUUUUAAUUAUACUGGGCAUAAAAAGACAUAUUUCUGCCUCCUCUGAGGUGCUCAACAAUAAUGCCCUUUUACAUGAAGGGCUGUUCUUUGGAUCCAGAAAAUCUUUAUUGAAUCUGAUACAUCAUUGAUUCUGCACUUAUGCUACUGAAAGUGUAAUCAUGUGAUUUGAUAGAAACUUAAUAGUUACUGCUGGUCCACAACCAAAUCUGAAUGUAGGUUAAUCUUUUAUUAAGUCUGAUCCCUUUUCUAAUGAAUGUUGUUUAAGUCCCUUUCUCUUUUAAUCCCAAAUUAUUCAGUAAACAAUAUUCGUUUCUUGGAACCUCACUCAGUCAUUUCACCUACAUACUAAUUUAGGAUACAAUUCAAAGGUUAAUCAAAAUGGAAAAUCAUAUUAAUUAAUAUUAAUGAUAUUGUUUGCACCCUUCAAAGUUUGGCUUUCCAAAUCUUUUUAAGGCACAGGUCAAACAGGUCACUCAAUUUAACUGCACUCUGCCCUCAGUUUACUGGACAAAUACACUAGUUGUUUUCAUCUGACAAUUGCACUUCAAUCCUGACUCGUUUCUAUGCUACAAAGAUAGCAUUGCAGAUUUUGAUCAUUGUACAUGUACAUGGGUAUGUACAUAAGAUGUCAUAUAUAAAUAAAGUUGGCAGCAAUAGA